AUGUCUCCAACCAAAACAGUGUCUUCGUCCUCCCUGGUGAACUCGAACUCGACCUCGACCUCAACCCCUCUCUUCGAACGCUCUCCAAACACCGCGUCGCCGUCCAAGACCAAAUCAUCCACAUCCAGCAAGACCAUAACCACCAUGGAUGAUAAGCCUGUGCCCCGGUUCGACCACACCGCGCAGAAAUAUACAGUCACAGCAGCUCUUGGGCAAAGUCAGAGUCAGAGUCAGACCUAUAUCUCGCCGUCGGACGCUAUGCAGAGCCCGACGACGAAAAAGUUGAGUGAGAUCAAGGGCCGCAGAUUCAUGUGA